AGAUUAGGAAGUCAGCGCAAAUAUUUAAAAUCAAUUUUAUUACUACGUAUGUACUCAUGUAACUAGGUAUGUGAAAUUCGUCAUCCAUUUAUCUCAUCUCCCCUUUCCAUAUUCGCCCAGCAACAUAGCAAUCAAUAAUGAAUAUUAGCGGACACGCAUUAAUUGUCGGAGGGGGAAGUGGAAUCGGAGAGGCGUGCUCUCUUGCAUUCGCCCAAGAAGGGGCUGCCGGAAUCGUGGUGGCAGACAUAAAUCUCGAGGCUGCAGAGAGGGUCGUUAAAGAGAUCAGCGCCUCAGCUUCGCAUACGAGCUUCAGGGCAAAGGCAGUUGAGGUCGAUGUGACAUCAGAUGGCUCUGUAAAGCACGCAAUUGCAGAAACAGUCACCUUCUUUGGUCGUAUUGACUAUUGUGUCAAUUCAGCCGGUAUCGGCGUCCAAGCCGCAAAGGGAAUUUCCGAGGCAGACGUCUCCGAAUUCGAGCGCCUCAUGAGCGUUAACGUUACGGGCACCUUCCUAGUAAACCGCCACGUUUCUGCAGCUAUGAAGUCUCAAGAACUCACUGCUGUCUCUAAUCGAAACCCAAGCAAGCGUGGGUCUACAAGAGGAUCAAUCGUAAACCUUGGUUCUCUCGCUUCGUACAUUGCGCAGCCUCACAUGGUCCAGUACACAGCGUCCAAACAUGCAGUUUUGGGCCUGACCAAGAACGCCGCGAUUGACAACGCGGUACACUCUAUACGUGUAAACUGCUUAUGCCCGUCCUGGGUGGAUACUCCGAUGAUGCAGCAGGCGAUGGACAGCGUGCCCGGGCUGAAGCAGAUGGUCGAGCGAGUGAUACCGAUGGGCAGGAUAGCAUGCCCAGAAGAAGUAGCCGAUGCAGUCAUUUUCUUAUGCAGCCCCAGGUCGAGCUAUAUCACUGGCAGUAGUUUCAUUGUUGAUGGUGGCACAUCUUUAUCUGGCAAGGUUUAGCGUCCGCCUUUUCAGCUGCUACGAUGUAGACUUGGAAUCUGCAUACGGUGGGAUCAAUGACCUGCAGUUAUAUGAUAGGAGAUUGGGCUGUUGCAGGUCGAGGCUGUAUUAUCCGCCUUUGGUACAAUCUUGGGAUCUUAUGCAUUGUAUUAUACUUCACAGCCUACAUACAUACGCUCCCUGCCUCAAUGUUACAUUGGCGAUGCGCCUUAUAAGCUUUUUGUCCGGUUACACCGUGAAGGAUCUGAUGCAUUAGUACAAGCAGAUAGAGUCUAACACUUCCGGAAAUGUUAUUGUA